CAGCUUAGGCCGAGCUUCCGGUUCUUACUGUUAGGGGCUGAAGCUGAGGGAGUCGAGGCAGCGUCGUCGCGAUGGUGUUGUUGGAGAGCGAGCAGUUCCUGACGGAGCUGACCAGACUCUUCCAGAAGUGCCGGACGUCGGGCAGCGUCUAUAUCACCUUGAAGAAGUAUGAUGGUCGAACCAAACCCAUUCCAAAGAAGGGUACUGUGGAGGGCUUCGAGCCCGCAGACAACAAGUGUCUGUUAAGAGCUACCGAUGGGAAAAAGAAGAUCAGCACUGUGGUGAGCUCCAAGGAAGUGAAUAAGUUUCAGAUGGCUUAUUCAAACCUACUGAGAGCUAACAUGGAUGGGCUGAAGAAGAGGGACAAAAAGAACAAAACUAAGAAGACCAAAGCAGCAGCAGCAGCUCCAGCAGCACCAGCACCAGCGCCAGCACCAGCAGCGCCAUGUUAA